GUAGCUGAUGAGGAGACAUGUCUUGCCGCAGCCGCCGUCGCCAACGACGACAAUCUUCUUAGAAUAGGCAGGGCCUUCGGUGACGUGGGUUGCGGCGCUCUCGCGCCCUGUUGAGGAGCUCAUUGUGGUACUGACGGUACCGUCGCUACUCCUAAGGCGCGUGUUGCGGCGGGAUGUGGCCGGGCGGCCGUCGUCGUACUUUUCGCUGAUGUUCUGAGACGAGUUGUGGUAUGAGUUGCGGUAUUGGUAUGAGGACGCCAUAAUGCGGCAGACUCGAGCUGUGUUUGAGAUGUUGUGAUGCGAUGACGAGGAGGUCGUUUCGCGGCGUAGCCCCUCGUGCGUGUUUGCGAGAUGGGUUGAUGUGAUGAUGGUUAAGAUAGAUACCGGGGGCCGGUGCGUGCGCUCGUCUGGGGGUGUGGAGGGGGGUUGUUGUUGUUGGGGAGACUUGAGUGGUUUGUGCUUUUAUGCGAUGUUUCCCGGGUUCUGUGUAUGCUGCUUGUUCCUUGUUGCGAUGAACGAAUACUGCCGAUAUUGAUAUCGCCGCCUCUCCUCAACGAGCCUCCUCGCUUCGUGUUCAGCUACUUGCCGCGUUCAGUCGAAUGCCGUUGAGAUAUGGUUAAGUGCGAGGCAUGCAAUACGGGGGAAGAGACGUUGGCACGUUGCGGCGUGUUUGAGUUGAGGAAUGUUGGAAAGGUGCUUGGUCUGGCUUUGGAUGGUGUAUUGUAUGGGGGUGGGUUUGUGUGCGAGGUGGAUGGGCGGGUUGUGCUGUGUUCUUGAGGAGAAGGAGC